AUGAAAAUUCUUCACGAUCAGAGUCAUGUAACUUCAAAAAUUAAUCUGACUAAUACAUAUAUUCCUCCGAAAAUACCUCAAUCUAAGCCAACUUAUGAUCGAUCCUAUUUUUGUAGCAAAAUAUUAGAUCAAUAUCCAAAUUUAUAUAGAGAAUUUAGUAGUGAAAAUGUUGAUUAUUAUGGAAUUAUAGACAAGACUUCAUGUCCAUUAUGCAAGUUAGAUCAUGAUGAUGAGGAAGGUAUAGAAGGUAAAUAUGAAGCCAGAUCCUAUUUUAUUAAAUGUGAACAGCGUGAAAUUGAGAUAGAAACUGGCAAUGAGCCAUGGCAAUUUUCAGAAGUACAUGGAUCGGAAGUCAUAAAUUCAAUGCCAGAAAACAAAGUAUCAUCUUUUUCCGAGCAAUGUGAAGAAGAAGGGUCUAUCACUUUUAUUAUCAAAUCCGUCUUAAAGCACUUCCCAUACUUGAAAUUCCGAAAUAGUUUUAGAGGGAUUGAUAAUUAUAAUUUUGCAUUACCUCAGCCAUGGAACUCGCCAUGCCCUAUUUGCAAUGGAAAAUAUGGGAAUUAUGGAUUACAAGGUGAAUGGUAUAGGAAUGGAACAGAAUAUUGUCUUACUUGCUUCACUUCAAGCAAUAAAAUCAAAUUCACGAUCGUAGCAUAG